GGUUUGAAGCCGUCCUUUGGGGUCUUUCUGCUUCCUGCCGGAGGGUCCAGUAGCACGGUGCGUGUCCGAAGUCUGGGGUUGAGGCCUGCAGGAAAGGCGAAGGAGCAUUUUUGACCACAUGGUAGUACACCAUCUGUGUUGAGAGAAAAAGACUCUCUAAACAUGGAUGGUUGUAGAACUAUUCGUGUAUACACCCUCUUUGGCGAAACUGGUUGUUUGUGGGAGACAUUUGGGCCACCUAAUCACCCCUUCCUUCCCUGCCAAACUUCAAGGCCUUGAUCCCUGGUCACUCCCCCCCACCCCUGCAAAGAAACUAAAUAAACCCCACACAAAACGUCGUACCCAGUUUUGAAGGGAGAAACCUGGAGUAGUAUCUGAAAAAUUUCCCCUCCCCCUUAAUAUUCACUAAGACGCAUUGGGAACCCUUCGGUGAGAAAAUAAAUUCUGUCAACAGAUUUUGGGGAAACGCCUGAACUCCACUGGGACAUGGUGAUUGCUAGAGUGAUUAGAUAAGUGGUUCAACUAAUUUUUAAAGAUAAAAAAUUGAAAGUCGCUCAGUCGUGUCCGACUCUUUGUGACGCCAUGGACUAUACAGUCCAUGGAAUUCUUCAGGCCAGAACACUGGAGUGGGUAGCCAUUCCCGUCUCCAGGGGAUCUUCCCAACCCAGGGAUUGAAUCCAUGUCUCCCGCAUUGCAGCCGGAUUCUUUACCGUCUGAGCCAGAAGGAUGAAUAUAAAUGGUAUCUCUCGGUAAGAAACAAAACUUUAAUUGGCCUUUUUGCAAAAACUUUUGGGGAGGAUCAAGAGUUAAUGGUGUAGCUUGGAGGUAUAUGUGUGAAAUGAUGAUUUAUGCUUUUAAAGGUAAAAUUCUGAUCUCUGAUUCUGACUGAGCCUAAAUGUGCAUGUUUGUAUUUCUAUAAAAACUGAACUGGAAGCCGCCAUGGGAGAUGAAGAUUGGGAAGCAGAACUAAUCAACCCUCAUGUGUCUUCCUAUGUUCCUGUAUUUGAGAAGGAUAGGUAUUCUUCUGGAGCAAAUGGAGACACUUUUAACAGGACUCUGGCUUCAUCAUCAGAAAUGGGUGAUGGAUCAUCUCGAAGAGAUCAUUUCAUGAGAAGUGGAUUUGCCUCUGGGAGGAGUUUGGGAAACAGAAAAAUGGGUGAUGGAUCAUCUCAAAGAGAUCAUUUCAUGAGAAGUGGAUUUGCCUCUGGGAGGAGUUUGGGAAACAGAGAUCCUGGUGAGUCUAAUAAAAGAGAGAAUACGUCCAGAGUGGGUGGUUUUGGAGUUGGAAAGAGUUUUGGAAACAGAGGUUUUUCAAAUAACAAGUUUGAAGAAGGUGAUAGCUCUGAUUUCUGGAGAGGUUAUCAAGUCGGCAAUGAUUCAGAAACUUCAGGAUCGUCCAGAAGAGGUGGAAGAGGCGGAAGAGGUGGAAGAGGUAGUUUCCGAGGUUGCCGUGGAGGAUUUGGUCUAGGAAGUCCAAAGAGCGAAUAUGAACAAGAUGAGAGGACCCAGCGCUCUGGUGGCAUUUUUGGUUCUAGAAGAUCAGCAUUAAGUGGUGCAGGUAAUGGUGACACUUUCCAAAGCAGAAGAGGUCGUAGAAGUGGACGAGGUGGUUACAAAGGUUUAAAUGAAGAAGUAAUUACAGGCUCUGGAAAAAAUUCUUGGAAGUCAGGAGCUAAAGGAGGAGAAAGUGGUGACACUAAGGGUCGAAAAGUGACCUACAUACCACCUCCUCCACCUGAAGAUGAGGACUCCAUCUUUGCACAUUAUCAGACAGGCAUAAACUUUGACAAAUAUGAUACUAUUCUUGUAGAAGUAUCUGGACAUGAUCCACCACCAGCAAUUCUGACUUUUGAAGAAGCUAAUCUUUGUUGGAUAUUGAAUAACAACAUUGCUAAAGCUGGUUAUACUAAGCUUACUCCUGUGCAAAAAUACAGUAUUCCUAUUAUACUAAGAGGACGAGAUUUGAUGGCUUGUGCUCAGACAGGCUCUGGAAAGACUGCAGCUUUUCUCUUGCCAAUUUUGGCUCAUAUGAUGCGUGAUGGAAUAACCGCCAGUCGUUCUAAAGAACUGCAGGAACCAGAGUGUAUUAUUGUAGCACCAACUCGAGAGUUGAUCAGUCAGAUCUAUUCGGAAGCCAGAAAAUUUUCUUUUGGGACUUGCGUAAGAGCAGUUGUCACAUAUGGGGGAACCCAGUUGAGGCAUUCAAUUCGACAAAUAGUACAAGGCUGUAAUAUAUUAUGUGCUACUCCUGGGAGACUGAUGGAUAUCAUAGGCAAAGAAAAGAUUGGUCUCAGACAAGUCAAAUACUUAGUUUUGGAUGAAGCUGAUUGCAUGCUGGAUAUGGGUUUUGGACCAGAGAUGAAAAAGUUAAUUUCCUGCCCAGGAAUGCCGUCAAAGGAACAGCGUCAGACCCUUAUGUUCAGUGCGACUUUUCCAGAAGAAAUUCAGAGGUUGGCUGGGAAGUUUUUAAAGUCAAAUUAUUUGUUUGUUGCCGUUGGACAAGUGGGUGGCACAUGUACAGAUGUUCAGCAGACCAUUCUUCAAGUUGGCCAGUACUCAAAAAGAGAAAAACUUGUUGAAAUUCUACAAAACAUAGGUGAUGAAAGAACUAUGGUCUUUGUUGAAACUAAGAAAAAAGCAGAUUUUAUUGCCACUUUGCUUUGUCAAGAAAAAAUAUCAACAACAAGUAUUCAUGGUGAUCGUGAACAGAGAGAAAGAGAGCAAGCUCUUGGAGAUUUCCACCGUGGAAAGUGCCCCGUUCUUGUUGCUACCUCAGUAGCUGCACGAGGGCUGGAUAUUGAAAAUGUUCAGCAUGUUAUUAAUUUUGAUCUUCCUUCUACCAUUGAUGAAUAUGUUUAUCGAAUUGGGCGUACUGGUCGUUGUGGAAAUACUGGCAGAGCUAUUUCCUUUUUUGAUCUGGAAUCGGAUAGCCAUUUAGCACAGCCUCUAGUGAAAGUGCUAUCAGAUGCUCAACAGGAUGUUCCUGCCUGGUUAGAAGAAAUUGCCUUUAGUACAUAUGGUCCUGGCUUCAGUGGUAGGACAAGAGGAAAUGUGUUUGCACCAGUUGAUACUAGAAAGAAUUACCUCCGCAGGAGCUCUUUGAACACAGCAGGGUUUUCUUCAUCACAAGCUCCUAAUCCAGUAGAUGAUGAGUCAUGGGAUUAAGACGAAAAUAACCAGCAAGUCUGUGGUACAGUUGUGAUGCAGAGAAGAAAGUAGUUUUGAUUUUUGAUUUUUUAAAACAGAAGUAUGAAACCUUGCAUCUCCUAUCCUUCUGUUCGUACUCCCACCCUUAAAAAAAAAACCCUUACUGACUAGUUAUGUGAAAUGCUAAAAGUUACAACGAUGCAAUUACUAAUACAAAUGGUGUUAACUAGAAAGAUUAAAACAUUCUAAAUGCCUUGCCUAUUUCUAUUGUAUUCUUCAAGGGUUUUAGACAUACUUCAUGUCUAAAUGCCAUGUCUUAGUAUAGUGUUUAUUGAUCCUAGAGCAAACAGGAUUAUAGGAUACACUUUUGGUUA